AAAGGGAGGGAGAUAGUCAAAAGUAACUUAGGGAUGCUGCUUGUAGCGUCCGCCCAGCUAUUCUUCUCCCUCAUGAAUGUGUGGGUCAAGAAGCUGAAUAGUCUAGAUACCCCUGUACCGGCUUUCGAGCUCAUUUUUGUGCGGAUGUCUAUUACAUGGGUAUGUUGCAUAUCGUACAUGCUCAUCGUGAAGGUUCCCGACCCCAUCCUUGGACCAAAAGGAGUGCGCCUUCUUCUCGUUGCCCGCGGAUUCUUCGGAUUUUUCGGCCUCUUCGGGGUGUACUACUCGCUGCAGUACCUGUCAUUAUCCGACGCGACAGUAUUGACCUUCCUUGCUCCCAUGUGCACGGCAGUGACAGGUGCCGUGCUGUUACAUGAGAAGCUCUCCUGGCGCGAGGCAUUUGCAGGACUGGCCAGCCUGCUUGGCGUUGUCCUGAUAGCUCGCCCUGAUUUUAUCUUCGGAAAACAGCAUCAUGGGAUACCAUCCGCGAGUGACGUGACUCCCGCGCAGCGAGUGGGUGCAGUAGGAAUCGCUCUACUUGGCGUCCUGGGAGCUACUGGAGCUUAUACCAGCAUACGCGCCGUUGGAAAACGCGCGCACCCUCUGCACAAUCUAGUCUCGUUCUCAUCCCAGUGUGUCAUCGUGGCGACAGUAGCGAUGAUUGUCAUGCGCACGCCAGUCGUUGUACCCAUGAGAUGGGAUUGGCUUCUGAUGCUGCUGCUCAUUGGCCUGUUUGGGUUCAUAGCACAGGUCCUCUUGACUAUGGGGUUGCAACGUGAGACUGCUGGAAGGGGAACCAUGGCUGUCUACGUCCAGAUUAUAUUCGCCACGAUUUUCGAGCGUGUAAUAUUCCACACCUCGCCGUCGCUGCUGUCCCUUUUCGGGACUUUCAUUAUUCUCACAUCCGCUGUUUAUGUGGCCCUCAUCAAAGUGAGGACGCAAGAAAACACCCUUGCCGGCGGUAUCACCGCGUCCGACGAUGCCUCAGUCGAGGAGGGUCUAUUGGCGAACGCUGACGGCGAAACGCUGCAAGACUUUAAGGACAUAGAACUUGCCAACGCGGUCGUAGUUGGCUCUGACGUGUCGCACACCCCUAGCCCAGAACACGGUACGGAUAUCACAAAGGCAUAACGCGCAGCGCUUGGCAAAACGACAUGUCCGGAGAUGCGACAUCUCUAUCGUGCUUUGUAUCCUAUAUAUAUACUAGAUUUCAU